CUAAAGUUCCUCACUUUUUACACACACACAAACAUCAAAUUGACCACCACUACACCACCAUUAUCUCCGCCUUUAUACCCACCAAAAACCACCUUCCAAACACCCCCAUUUUCCUAUCUGGGUAUCAAAUACAUUCCCACAUUUCUGGGUCUAUAUGGCACUUUGUGGGUUUUCAUUCCCUGGUCAGGUGAAUCACAGGUCAAUUACUUCACAUACUUCAUUGCUUCAACAUUGUUUCUUUGGAACAGAUCUACAACACCUUCAUCCAUCUUUACAUAAAUCUUUGUAUCAGGUAAGUAAAAAAACAAAUGGGGUUAGAGCAACACUGUCAGAAAGAGGUGAGUAUCACUCACAAAGACCACCAACUCCACUUUUGGACACUAUCAAUUACCCAAUUCACAUGAAAAAUUUAUCAACCAAGGAAUUGAAGCAACUAGCCGAUGAGCUUCGAUCUGAUGUGAUCUUCAAUGUUUCUAAAACGGGAGGCCAUUUGGGUUCGAGCCUUGGCGUGGUGGAGCUCACGGUGGCUCUUCAUUAUGUCUUCAAUACGCCACAAGAUAAGAUACUUUGGGACGUUGGUCAUCAGUCUUACCCGCAUAAAAUCCUGACUGGACGAAGAGACAGAAUGCAUACAAUUAGGCAAACUGACGGGUUGGCUGGAUUCACCAAACGUUCUGAAAGUGAGCAUGAUUGCUUUGGCACCGGCCACAGCUCGACCACUAUUUCAGCAGGGUUAGGGAUGGCCGUGGGAAGGGAUUUGAAGGGAGGAACAAAUGAUGUAGUUGCUAUAAUAGGUGAUGGUGCUAUGACUGCUGGGCAAGCGUACGAAGCAAUGAACAAUGCUGGUUAUCUAGAUUCGGAUAUGAUAGUAAUCCUUAAUGAUAACAAACAAGUUUCUUUACCCACUGCGAAUCUUGAUGGCCCUAUACCUCCCGUUGGAGCUUUAAGCAGUGCGCUUAGUAGAUUACAAUCUAACCGGCCUCUCAGGGAACUCCGUGAAGUUGCCAAAGAAGUUACUAAACAAAUUGGUGGCCCUAUGCAUGAAAUUGCUGCUAAAGUUGAUGAAUAUGCUCGUGGGAUGAUUAGUGGUUCUGGAUCGACAUUAUUUGAAGAACUUGGUUUAUAUUACAUUGGUCCCGUAGAUGGUCAUAGCAUUGAUGAUCUUGUUGCCAUUCUUAAAGAGGUUAAGAGUACUAAAACAACCGGUCCGGUCUUAAUACAUGUAAUCACUGAGAAAGGUAGAGGAUACCCAUAUGCCGAGAAAGCUGCCGACAAGUACCAUGGCGUGGGAAAGUUUGAUCCGGCAACUGGAAAGCAAUUCAAGUCAAGUGCACCAACUCAGUCUUACACAACCUACUUUGCAGAGGCGUUGAUUGCAGAAGCCGAAGCAGAUAAAAAAGUCAUCGGGAUCCAUGCAGCAAUGGGCGGUGGUACCGGAAUGAAUCUAUUUCUCCGGCGGUUCCCUACUCGGUGUUUCGAUGUUGGAAUUGCAGAACAACAUGCAGUUACAUUUGCUGCUGGAUUGGCGUGCGAAGGGCUUAAACCAUUUUGUGCAAUUUACUCCUCGUUUUUGCAGAGGGGUUAUGAUCAGGUAGUGCAUGAUGUAGAUUUGCAGAAACUACCUGUAAGAUUUGCAAUGGAUCGAGCAGGACUAGUUGGGGCAGAUGGUCCUACACAUUCGGGAUCAUUUGACGUCACUUUCAUGGCAUGCCUCCCGAACAUGGUCGUCAUGGCUCCUUCUGAUGAGGCCGAGCUUUUUCACAUGGUGGCAACUGCUGCUGCCAUUGAUGACAGACCUAGUUGUUUCCGUUAUCCACGAGGAAAUGGGAUAGGCGUGCCCCUGCCACCCGGCAACAAAGGCAUUCCUCUUGAGAUUGGUAAAGGUCGAAUAAUGAUUGAAGGGCAACGAGUAGCACUCCUAGGCUAUGGAACAGCUGUUCAGAGUUGCAUGGCUGCUGCUGGUUUAGUAAAGGAACGUGGUUUAAACAUUACUGUUGCAGAUGCUCGUUUUUGCAAACCAUUAGACCACAGUCUUAUCCGAGCCCUUGCAAAGUCUCAUGAGGUCUUGAUCACUGUUGAAGAAGGAUCGAUUGGAGGCUUUGGUUCUCAUGUUGCUCAUUUCAUGGCAUUAGACGGUCUUCUUGAUGGAAAUCUAAAGUGGAGACCACUGGUGCUUCCUGACCGUUACAUUGACCAUGGUGCACCUGCUGACCAGUUAGCUGAUGCCGGCCUGACUCCAUCGCAUAUAGCCGCAACUGUAUUCAACGUAAUUGGGCAAACAAGAGAAGCUCUGGAGGUUAUGUCGUAGAGGAUUCCUGUGUGCUCAAUGAAUAUACACAUAUCAGAUAUAUUUAUCUGUAUAGAUAUAGAACAGUUGUUUGCCAAACUUCUAACAGACUGAAAUAGAGUCAAAACCCCUUUGUAAAAAAGUCUUCUAAUCUAGCAUCAGUCCAGGUUCUUAAACAUUCGGAUAGUUCAAUAUUUCAUCGUUUAGGAACCAAGAUUCCCAGUGUUUAAAACCCUAGCCGGUUUGGUUGAAUAAAUCCCUGUGUCAAAACUAAAAUACCCAUAUGAAACCUGAUGGUAUGUAUGCAUACUAGUUUGAUUCUUUAUUCUCAUAAUGUUAAAUAUAUUCUUAUGUAAA